UCAUAACUACAGUCUUCAUUCGAAGCUAAAAUAAAGUAUGCAGAGGGGGCAGGCUGCCUGUGGAGCGCCGCUUCUCACGGACUUUUCACCCGGACUGAGAGCACACGACGCAGAGAUGUGGGAUAGCUGUGAUCGGAGGGUUUUCGGAGGAGAGGGGAAGAUGCUGCUGAUGUUGAUGAUGCUGAGGCUGCUCCUGCUGCCGCGCUCCGCUGGCUGCAGCGGGUCUCUGUAGUCCGUCUGCACGGAGCCUCAACACCGCCUGUAUACACCUGUUCACUCACGCUGACCUGGACCAUGAGCGAUGAGUCGCCUGUUCUGACAAGUCUGACCGACAACUCCACCGACGUGCCUGUGUCUGCAGGUCAGGUGGAGAACUAUGUGCUACUGUUGGUGAUGCUGAGUGUUUUUGCCGGGGGGAUGCUGGUGCUGCUCUCCCUGCUGCUACUCUUCUGUCAUCGCUGCUGCAUGGGGGGGCGACGCUACUCCAGAGCCAGCGAUGACCUUGAGAAGACAAACACCACCUAUGCUGAGGACUCUCAGCCCACCCAAGAGAUUACCAUUCAUCUGGAUGAAUCAGACGCUCUCUCAGCUUCAAGCUGUCACGAUGGAGAGUCAGAACGAUUCGUCUCCACCGGGUCUACUGGCCGCAGAGUUUCCUUCAAUGAAUCUGCACUUUACGUACAGGAGAAGACGACUCAGGAUAAAGGACGCAGGUACACUCUGACUGAGGGUGACUUCCAUCACUUGAAAAACGCCCGGCUGACCCACCUCCACCUUCCUCCAGCUCCAUGUGAUUUAAAGAUCCUCACUAUCAUGGAGUGUGACUCAACAGAGAGCAGCACUGUCAACAUCAGUGAGGUGUCUGCUCCCAAACUGCCCCUCACCAUCUAUCAGCCCACUGACAGGAGAGUCUCAGACUGGAAGGGACAGGGCCUCAGCGGAGGUUUGCCAGGAGACCCGCACCACUCAACCAUCCUGGACCAGGGCCCCCGACAGGCCUCAUCAGGCCUAAAACCACAACACACACGCUCCCAGACUAUGGAGGCUGUUGGGGACAGGGAGCAGGCCGAGGGAGAAAAGAGGGUGAGAGGAGAGUUGACUCAAACUUUGGGCCAGAGUUCAGUUCUACAUUUCUUCACUAAACUGCGGCGUCAUGCCAGUCUGGAGGGGGCUGGACCAUACUUCAGGAGGUGGAAGUUUGACAGCAGUCACCGGGCUGCCAGCUUGGAUGCUAAAGGAUCUCCCAAGAGAAGGCCAUUUCAGAGACAGAGAGCAGCAAGUGAAACCACUGAUCACACUGAAGAUGACUCUUCUCCUCUUCGAGACGAGGCUGUUGAAUCUUUCCCACAAACUCCCAAUCAGACAAGCGGCCUCCAGGCACUCUCUGCAGAGUCUCUGUCUCACCAAGCCACUGCUCCCACAUCCUUCCUCAGCAGGCUACAACUUGAGGCCAUGGCGGACGUAGGAGGCAACAGCAGCGUCAGAAGAGAGGAUCUCUGUUUGCCUACAAAUGACUGUCAAGCUCAGAGGCAAGAGAAAGCCACAGCAAAUGGAACAGGAGUAGAAAAAGAAACAACGUUUGGUGCAGGUACAGAAACGGCGGGACUUGAGGGAGAAUCUGCUGAAGAAGACGACUUGUUUGGGGAAGAACAAGACGCUGCCAUAAAGGAAAGGUUUGAAGACCUGUUGAGUAAAGCUGAAGACACAAAAACAGACAGUGUGACAUCAGACUUGAGGAAAAAAGGUGAGGCAGAGUUAGAUGAUGGGGAUGAGGCGGUAUUGGGAGCUGAAGCCAGACGACGAGCCGACUCAGGCUCAUCCUUUACUUUCAUAGUUCGUCAGGAGAGCUCGGAAAAUCCUCCCUCCCUGUACAGAGACAUUUGGAGCUUGCGUGCCUCUCUUGAGCAAUACGCCUCCUCAGACCAGAGCAGCACGGAUCGGGAGUCUAUCCGCAGUGAUGCUGACAGCGUUUCAUCCCUUAGUGGCGCAGGGGCUCGCUCUGGACUGGACAGCUGCUUGUCCCAAGACCUGGAUGAUGAGCCUGAAGGAGAAGGAGAAGGGGAGGGAGAGAGGGCGGAGGGAAGGAUCAGAGGGGCGUCAGGUGGAGACAGUGACAUGGGAAGUGGGGCAGGAGGGGAAGGGGAGGCAGGCAACCGUAAGCUACUCCAGAUGGACAGUGGCUAUGCCUCUAUUGAAGCACCAUCCAGAGCUCCUGAAGAAAUGCGACUUUUCGGGACUCCUGGAGCUCCUCGAGGAAAGACGGCGUCUGAAAGAAGGAUGUUCUUUACAAGCUCAGGGAGAAAAGGUUCAGUGUGUGAGAGCAUUGAGGCCCGUCUUUUUCAGGAGGAGCUGGAGGAUGAGAUGGCUGACAGAACAGAGAAGGAGAAGAAACUUAAGAACAGAUCUGAAACUGGCAGCCAAUCUCUGACACUUCAAGAACCAUAUCGACAACGUCUGAAGUCCCUCCAUCCUGAGAAACCUUCAGAAUCUCAAUCACAGCUUAUAUCUCCACUGAUGAAGCCCCGUAGUCCGCAUAAACCUCGUCUCUGCCGCCGUGACUACAGCAUCGACGAGAAGACGGACGCUUUGUUCAACGAGUUCCUCCGUCACGAUCCGAGGUUCGACCAGCAGGAAUCUCCAUUGCGCACCAGGCACCGAUCCAGGGUUCACCUCCGGAAACAGUGGCAGAGACACAAGCAAUACAGCGACCCAGGGACAAGUGCUGGGGGAAGGUACUCCCCAUCUUUGGAGAGGCAGAGGUUUACCCCUCUGCGGAGAGGUGACAGUGCAGGAUACCCUCUGGACACCAGGUAUCACAGCACUCUUUCACGCAUUGCAAGUGCAGCUGAUGAAGAAGCCAGUGAGGUAGCGGCUUGUGAAGAAGCAGCCAAAGAGAACAAGGAAGACAAAGUUCCAUCAUGUGGAGGGGCAUUGGGGGGUGGUAUAGAAAGUACAACCAGCUCAACCUCUGAAGGCACUGAAGAAACAAAGAAUUGUGCAGAGACGACCUGUGCCGCAGAUGGCUGCCAAGUCUCCAUGAAAACGGAGACAGAAAGCACAACAAGCCAGUCUUUGACCACUUUGACUACACAGAGGAGGUUCAUGGAUCCCAAAGUCGACAACAGGAACAACAACAGUAGUCAAGCGAUCCUCUCAGAGGUUUCCCUGCAGACAGAAAGAUGCCUGACAGACAAGCUGGCGGUGGCAGUAGAGGAGAGGCUCUAUGGGGACCUGCGCACUGCUGAGAAGCUCAGUCAGGGAGGAACAGAGAGGGUGCUCGCUGGUGUGCGAGCAUCACCUGGCUUCAAUCCCACAUAACCUGCUUACAAGCUUCAACUUUAUUUCAAAUCCAUAUCUCUAGAGACAGCAGACCUGAAGUUGUCUAAAGCACUUAAAACAUCAUGUAAGAUACUUGGUCAUUCUCUGUUCCCCUUACAUUUGGACAAAUCUUGUGAUAAUCAUGCUGUCAUAACUGAAAAAUCUAAACACCAAUAUACUCUAAAGGACAGAUCUACCUUCUUGAUGGCCAGUUUCUUCUAGCGAUUCCAUUCAGACCUUAAUUUCCACUGUGACGCCAUGUGAUACCCCCCCUCCCCUCCCUUUUUUUUUUUUUACACUCCUAAAAACUCAAAUGCGGUUAUACCAUAGAUAUACAAAUACAGGCCCAUAUUCAGAAGAAAAAUCAAUAUUUUCAGACUGAAUUGUGAAUUUCCCGCAUGCUACUCUGUGUCUUAAACAAUGUUUAUGUGAAUAGUUUACAAAUUUAACUUUAAAACAUGAAGCACUUUGAUGGAAGAAAGAUAAUGAUGCAUUUUCUGUCACCCAUGUCUCUCUUUUUUUAAACCAUAUCGUCCUCAAGUGUCCUUGUCUCAAUCACCAUAAGGGGUAAAUGUCUCAAUAAAAAAAAUGUGGAUUCUU